AUGAAGAACCAAAGAGUGACCUACUCAGGACUGAAUCUGGCCAAGGACCCAAAGAGGCAGCAAAGCAAAUCUAAGGGCGGUAAAAGCUCCGUUUCAUUAACUGAACAGGAAAUAACCCACGUGGAAUUAAACCUUCAAAAUGCUCCUCUGGAUCUCCAGGGAAAGGAGAAGACCUGCUACUACAAAGUUUCACUGUUACCUCCAGCGAAGGUCACUGCUGAGAUCCUGGCCGUCAUUUGCAUUGUCCUAGUGGGCUCUGUGUUAAAAAUAGUAUUAUUAAUAGCUCUUGUUCCCUUUACAUUAACACAGAAGCAGAACAUUUCUUUCCAGACUGUAACAACUCAGAAAG